AUGGCCCCUCUAUCUCUCCAGUCCACCUACAAAAUGGUCUCGGGAUAUGAAAUCCCGGUUGUUGGGUUCGGCGUUUAUCAAACACCACCCGAGAUCACCGAGAAGGUCACGCUCAAGGCACUGAAAACCGGAUACCGCCAUAUUGACAGUGCAAAAUUCUAUGCGAAUGAGAAAGAAUGUGCGGAGGCUAUAAAGAAGUCUGGAAUUGACCGUUCGAAGAUUUUUUUCACCACAAAGGUUCCCCUGACUUUCAUGUCCUAUGAAAAGGCUAAGGAAGCCAUUAAGCAAAGUCUCGCUGCUGCCGAUCUUGGUUACAUCGAUCUAGUCCUGCUGCACUCGCCCUACGGUGGGAGGGAGGGUCGCCUUGGUGCCUGGCGCGCCCUCGUGGAGGCUCAGAAGGCAGGCCACAUUCGUUCCAUUGGCGUCUCCAACUAUGGCAUUCACCAUCUGGAGGAGUUGGAGGAGUACAUUAACAGCGGUGUUGGAGGCCAGAUUUCCGUUGGACAGUACGAGAUUCACCCCUGGUGUGCGCGAGAGGACAUUGCUGCCUGGCUGAAGAAGCGCAACGUUGUUGUUGAAGCCUAUUCUCCUCUUGUUCAAGCUCAGCGCAUGGACGAGCCUGUAUUACAGAUCUUGGCCAAGAAGCACAACAAGACACCAGCUCAGAUCCUGAUCCGGUGGAGUCUGCAAAAGGGCUAUGUUCCACUUCCGAAGUCUGUGACCGAUUCCCGUAUCGUUGAGAACACGCAGGUGUUUGACUUCGAAUUGUCUGGCGAGGACAUGGAGAGUCUGAACACCGGCAUUUAUGCCCCUGUUUGCUGGGAUCCUGCUAAAACUGUUCCACUGUAG